AAGACCCUCCCGCACGCCAUCGGCCGCGCCGCCACGACCGCCGCGCAGACGCUCCAGGUGAGCCCCGCGGCCGGCGAGGAGAAGCUCCACACCGCGCUCGGCGCGUACGCCGGCGCAUGGGAGAAGAUCGCGGAUGCGCGCGUGCAGCAAGACGAGUCGAUCCGCGCGCAGUUCCUGCAGCCCUGGCAGACGACGCUCUCCACGAGUAUCGCGGUCGCGAUGAAGGCCCGCCAGGCCGUCCGCGGCAGCCGGCUCGAGCUUGACGCCGCGAAGCAGGUGUUGAAGACUACGGGGCCGUCGAGACAAGAGGCUGCUCGGCUCGAAGUCGAGAACGCGGAGGAUGACCUUGUCCAGAAGACCGAAGUCGCUAUCACGCUGAUGAAGGCGGUCCUCGACAACCCUGAACCACUGAAGGACCUCCACGAGCUCGCCAAGGCACAGCUCAUCUACUACGCAACCGCCGCCGAGGCGCUCUCAACCGUCCAGGGUGAGCUCGAGGAGCUCAGCGUUGCUGCCGAAGGCGAGUACAGGUGCGUGUGUCCUCCGCGUCGCCGCUGCACACGCAUGUACUGA